CUCGCCAUCACGACACCAUACAUCUUCAAGCAUCGCAAGUACGCAGAAAGGGCUCACUCAUAACCGACACCACAGACUUGCACCUGCAUAAAACCUCAUCCGCAACUUGCCUAUCAUGAGCUCUGCAACUUCCGGCGCUGGCCAACAGUCAUACUACCAACCCCAAACACCCCUGACUUCCACGAACCUCGCACAGGUUCCCUUCACAUCCAACAUGACACACUAUCAACGGCAAGACCAGGGCUUUGAGAAGAGGGCGCAGGGGAUACCGGCGCCACCCCCGGACGCGAGUCGGACGAUUACGGUGUGGAAUCAGAAAUGGCACGCUGCUGGUGGAGAUGGGACGACGUCAAAUUGAUCACGGGGAAGGGAUGGCAAUAAUGGUUGAGAAGUCGAUUGACUCUCAGGGGUAAUAGACUUCGGGCUGCACGAUACAUGGACAGAGGUGCAGGGGUAAUCUGGGUGUGACUGUAAUGGAGGUUAAUAGAGCCAACGAGGCAGAAUUGGCAUUGCGUCGUCAGACAUAUCGACAGAGAAGGCACGUAAAUUCCAUCUGGAUC